UAUUGGUGAGGGAAUCGCUCUAAGUGAAUGAUCGCGAUUCUGCAGCUUCAAUUGCGUGCAAUUUCUCUCUCUCUGGCUGCUUAUCAGUACUCCCUAAGCUUCUCACGCGUUCUUAUCACGUCGUGAAUCUUUGCUGCCCAAUCACAAGAUUCUCGAAAGUUUGCCCCCCACAGUUGGAUUUAUUUUUAUGCUUCUGCGCAUGAGCUCUAACCUCUUCCGGUUGAGCUAAUCAGUGUUCUUGUGAGAGAAAAAAAACUCCCACAGUGAGAGCGUGAAAAAAAGUGGCGGGAUUUUUCCAUGCCAAUUAGAAGAAAUUAAUGUCCGCACGGAAUUCCUUGAUGUAGUGUCCAAGAUCCACAAUGCUGAAGCGAACUUCCUUUUUUCCGCGUAUUUUCGCGGAAAAAUGCCUGGCGAGCACAAAAUACUGCCGACUAAUCCGUACUACCUCAUCGGAUACCUUCCCCACCACACGCCAAGUGGUGCCCGAGAAGGAUUUCUCCCUCAAACGUGCCCUAAUUGUGGCAAAACUGUCGCGGUAUGAAUUUGAGAAGCGUCGCUAUCCGGAUCUCAAUUCUACGCAGCUUGAGGAGAAGAUUCGCGGACGUGGCACAGACUAUGAUUCCCUCAUACACUUUAAUGAGAUGCACAGCAACUUCCGGAAAUCCGUCGUGGAUGCAUUUAGGCACUGUGGCGUGGAAGUUCGUGUGGUUGACAGACACUCAAUCACGAAGGAAUCCAUAACUUGGGCUGAUAUUAUUGUCCCAGUGGGUGGAGAUGGAACCUUCCUAAUGGCAGCUUCCCGGGCAGACUUUAUCAAUGCACCAACAGGACGAAAAGUUCCCGUUGUUGGCUUCAAUUCGGACCCGGAAUCAUCAGAGGGACGUCUGAUGCUGCCAAAGGUCUACUCGGCAGACACGAAGAGUGCCAUUGAGCGCAUUAUGAACCACAACUUCACGUGGAUGCAUCGAUCACGUAUUCGUAUAACGCAUUUAGCUUCCAAUGGCAAUCUCCCAGAGGCAAUUGAUCUUCACGAGCACAAAGGCAACAACAUGGAGCACCUAAGCCUCGAGCCGGAACUCCUGGAUUCGCACGAACAGGAGCUCUAUGAUGCCAAAGUGAAGAGAACCCUUCCGUAUCUUGCAUUGAACGAGGUAUUUAUCGGUGAAACUUUGUCGGCUCGUGUGUCCCAUUUACAACUCCGAGCUGAUGGAGUGGUCACCAACACCAAAUGCUCAGGAUUAUGCGUUUCCACGGGUACUGGAUCCACAUCCUGGCAUACAAGCAUCAACAGACUUUCACCAAAAAAUGUUGAAGAACUCUUGACCAUCUUGCGGCAGGGAAAUCAUCUUGUGGGCCAUUUAGAUGCAAAUGAGAUUGCCCGUGAGUACAACAGGCGAUUGGUCUUCCCACCUGAUGAUCCGCGUCUCUGCUACUCCAUCCGCGAAGAGAUUCGCGUGGGUGUAUGGCCAAAUCCCAAAGGUGGGAUGGAAUCCCGGGCAUUUGCCAGUAAGCUUUUCAUCCAGUCCCGAUGCUUAGACGCAAGUCUUGUGAUUGACGGCAGCAUUUCGUACCCAUUCAACGAUGGCGCCAAAGUUGUCCUGGAGACACGACCAGAAGAUGCUCUUCUCACCAUUUCAAUGGAUUGAUUCCCAUUUUGCAUGAAAAUUAUUAUACAUAGGAGCAAAAGAAAAUCGUUGUCGUUAAAUAAAUUAUUUUUCUACUUUUAUGUUUUCCCAGAUAAA